AUGAAUAAUAGCCACAUCGCCCUCAGACAACAAGACAAGAGACUAAAAGUGGCCACUUCAGGGGGGUUUGGCGUGCGUCACUUUCAGACGAUCAUGUGUUUCACAUGUCUGGUGUUCGCUUACGGUCUGAGGGUGAAUCUGUCAGUGGCAAUCGUGGCUAUGACUGAUAAGAAGACAGCAGAUUCUGGCAUAAAGGUUCUGCCUUGGGAUAUUGCCCAGAAAGGUGUGAUCCUCAGCUCCAUGUUCUGGGGCUAUGUUAUACUACAGAUACCCGCGGGGCACCUGUCUCGAAUCAUCGGGUCGAAAACUAUGCUAUUUUGGUCGAUGGUGUUUUGCUCCAUCGUCACAAUUUUUACACCCUUUAUAUCACUCAACUGCGACUGGUUGGUGUUCUGCUUCAGUAGAUUCCUCCAAGGCCUUGGCCAGGGUUUUUUCUUUCCCUGUCUCAACACACACAUUUCGAAGUGGGCCACUUCCCAGGAGCGCAACAGAGUGGUCGGAUUUGUUUACGUAGGAGGCCAAGUAGGUGCGACCCUGACCAUGUUCGUGGCAGGGUACCUGGCAGCAAGUUCCUGGAGAUGGCCCAGUAUCUUCUACGUGACCGGAAGCUGUGGACUCCUCUGGGCUCUGAUGUGGCUGUACGUGGGUGCCGACGAUCCUGACUCUCACUCCACAAUCAGUGAUGGCGAGAGGGCUUACAUCAAGUCUUCACUCGUCAAUUCCUCCGACCAGAGCAAGAAAAUGAAGACGCCAUGGAAGCAGAUCAUGACAUCAGCUCCAGUCCUGGCUCUCGUGGCCUGCGGCAUCGGCCAGCUCUGGAGCUACUGGACUCUGGUCACCAUGCUUCCUCUCUACUUUGGGCACGUUCUUGGCUUCGACAUCAAAAAUGCAAGUCAAACCUUACGCUAA